AUGAUUUGUGAAGCAAAGCUGAUCACAAUCUACAGAAUCAAACCGACACAAAAAUGCAAAGUUCAUUCGAACUUGUCAUUUGCACAUUUCCAAGAUCGACUGUCUUACAUAGACAAGCGUUACGACCAUCUUCGAAAACUUACGCAAACGCUGAAGAAAAAGAUCAACGAAUUAGAAGAUAUCAUGCGACAAGAUAAUGACGAUGAGAAUAUGGAGCAAAUCCAACGCCUAAUCGAAGAGAUUAAAAGAGAGAAGCAAAUGAUGCGUGAUGAAGCUCACAUUAUUCGAGGCGAGCUCUCCCAGGCAAUGUAUAACGAGGACCUCAGGUAAGC